AUGAUCCAGGCAUUUGAUGUUCAGGUAAAUGUGUCACGCACAGCGCAGCGUUCAGUUCGUAGGCCAGCCCUCGCAGGCUGGCACAUUUGGCACAGACAUCUUCAUACUCAACUGCUCACACCGACUUCUCCCGAGGAGAAGCGACCCAAGAUCUGCCCGAAGAUCGAGAAGCCUCAGGCCCUCACCAACAUCGACGGCAUCAUCGCCGAGUCGCAGGCCCUGAUGGCGGCCCGAGGCGAUCUGGGCGUGGAGCUGGAGCUCGAAAGAGUGGCCAAGGAUGCCGGACUUUUCGUCAUCAACGCCACGCAGAUGGUCGAGACGGUCGAGAGCAUGAUCGAGAGCCCGGUCCCGACCCGGGCGGAAGUUAGCGAUCUGCAGAACGCCAUAUGGGACGGUUUCGCAUGCGAGCUUGAGAUCGACGUGAAAGCUCUUUAUUAUUGGGAUCUGAUGGAAGUGUAUGCGGUUCCGGUGAGUGCGUAUUUUGAGUUUUACUUCGGUGAUGCGCGGCCAUUCUGGAUGGAAAUGGCAGAGGGCGAUGAAGGUGUAUUGACUCGAGGGCCUUCAGUAGCCUUCGCCUUCCCGAUUGGUGCUUUGACAGCUGCCGUCAGCGAAGGGCCGAGGUCGCCGCCGCCCAAGGCCAAGGCUCCGGCGGCGCCGGCGGCUCGCUCUGCUCAGCGCAUUUCUUGGGCCGAUCUGGCGGAGGAGGCUCAAGGGCAGAGGGAGGAGGAAGAGGAGGAGGAGAGUCUGCAGGCUGCAUCCGCCCAAGCCCGGGUAAGCUGGGCAGACUUGCAAGAUGACACCGUAGAAGUGUCGUGGCAGUGGAGCUAG